GGAGAUUCCAUGGAGCUGGAAAUCUGGUGUUUAGAAAUGAAUGAAAAAUGUGAUAAAGAAACCAAAGUUUCCUACACUGUGUAUAAUAGACUAUCUCUACUGCUGAAAUCUUUGCUUGCUAUAACAAGGGUGACACCAGCCUAUAGACUCUCAAGGAAACAAGGUCAUGAAUAUGUCAUAUUGUACAGGGUAUACUUUGGAGAAGUGCAACUGAAUGGCUUGGGAGAAGGAUUUCAGACAGUCCGAGUUGGGACAGUUGGUACUCCACUAGGCACAAUCACUUUGUCAUGUGCCUACAGAAUCAACCUAGCAUUCAUGUCUACCAGGCAGUUUGAGAGGACCCCACCUAUCAUGGGGAUUAUCAUUGAUCACUUUGUGGACCGUCCCUACCCCAGCUCCUCACCCAUGCAUCCCUGCAAUUACAGAACAGGUGAAGAAAAUGCAGUGGCAUAUCCAUCAGUAGAAGAUUCUCAAGAAGUAUGUACAACUUCUUUCUCUACUUCUCCCCCAUCCCAGUGUGUAUUUACUGUCACUAAAGCACAUUUUCAGACUCCUCCUCCUGUGGUGAUGGAUACCUUGAAGGGCCCUAUGAUGGGGCUGGCCUUUUCACCUCAACUCUCCAGCUCUCGUCUUUCUUAUCAGCCUGCAGCCUUGGGAGUUGGAUCAUCUGACUUGGGCUACCCAGUAGUCUUUGCUGGCGGCUUGAGUGCUAUACAUCCUCAUCAGGUAUUCUCAGAAGUUGCUGCUCUAAAAGCUAACACUUUUUCUGAACUUACUCUAUUUGUCUCGCAUUGGCAAACUGAAAUGGAAGUGACAAUGGCCAGUUUGGACAUUCCUUUUCAAAUGUUUGCUCCCAAGAGCGUUGAACUAGAAGAUAACGAUCCGAUGGUAAAUCCUCCUGAUUCUCCAGAUACAGAGUCUCCCUUACAAGGUAGCCUACACUCAGUGGGUUCCAGUGGCAGCAGCAGUGGGAAUAUCCAUGAUGAAUUUGUUAUGAUAGAUUUUAAGCCAGCAUUUUCUAAAGAUGACAUUAUCCCCAUGGACCUAGGGACUUUCUAUCGUGAAUUUCAGAAUCCUCCUCAACUCAGCAGCCUCUCAAUUGAUAUUGGAGCUCAAUCCAUGGCAGAAGACCUGGACUCACUGCCAGAGAAAUUGGCUGUUCAUGAGAGGAACGUCAAAGAAUUUGAUGCUUUUGUAGAAACUUUACAGUGAAAUUGAACCAAGUAAGAACAGCCUCGGACAUCCUCUUCGGCACUCUGGAAAAGCAGGCCUAUUCAUUUUGUACCUGCCUCCCUUCCGGGUCCUGUUUAUGUUGCAUCAAUAAUUUCAUUUGCUUUCUGGGCUUUGUCCGAUGCAGAAACAAAUGUGAAUCACUUUGAACUGACCUUGUGGCAAAUUAAUUCAUUUUCCUUCUUGUUACAGUUGGCAUCUGAAACAGUGUAGUGAAGAACAAAAUGAUCACUUUUGCCUUCUAUUCUCUCAUCUGUAAUAAUUUUCUGUUGCUUCUGCUUCCAUCAACUGUUGUCUCUUUUCACUUGAUUCAAUAGAGCCAUCACUUGAAAGGAUCAAAACAAACAGAAUAAUCCAUGCUCAUUGAAUUCUGAAUACUGCAGAAUUAGUCUAUUUUCAGUGAGUGUGUUUCAUAUACUACAACAGGUGAUAAUAUUCACUUCUAAUGUUCUAAAUAAUGGAAACAAGGUGUUGCACAUCUGCAUGCCGAAGUAAGAAAUGAAGACCACCUUUUCCCCCCUGCUGCACAGUUGGGAAUUAAUCCAUAAGAGCAGAAAAAAAGUGCUUUUCAUAUAUUUUUCCACCAACAGAGUAAAAAAACAAUGCCUGCCUAAGGCUGGGCAAAAUGUCUUGUUGCUUUUGAAGAAGGUUCAGAGUUCAUGGAACUCAGAAUUAGCAUACAAUUGCUAAUUGUAAAUAUGUUAGUGAUCCUAAUUCUUUAGGAUUACUUAAUUAGGAAUCUUUAGUCCAAAGUUUUUACAGAUGCUGCUGCUCUAUGUUAAGAGAAAUAAGAAAUAUUUAUUAUUCUAAAGGAAACUAUAUUUAAAGAAAAGUUGUAUGUUAUGUUUUCACAUUGUUGUGUGGCCAUAGGCUGCUGUGUUCUUUGUCAAAAGAAUGAGGGCAUCUUCCUUUUUUUUCUCUCCAAAAGCAGACAUGUGCUGGAAAAUUUAUCUUUCCCAGAAAUUGACUUGAUUUCAUUCUGCCCUCUUGGAGGGGUCUAGAAAUGUCACAAGGUAUAGUCUCUGGUGUAGUGAAUUUGCAGAAUUCUAAAAAGCUGAGCUCUGUCAUAUUUGUAAAAUAAAUUUAUGUAAUCUGAGAUGAAUUAGAAAGUAACUUGGUAUAGAAGUACAUUUUACGAGAUUUACGGUACUUGUUUUAUCGUGCAACAUUUUGUUUAAAGUUGUUUUUCUAACGAGUUAGACAUUAAGUAAUGCAAUUGACUGGCAUUUCUAUGUGUUCUGUUUGCUACAUGUUCCAUGCCAACUAUUAGGGAAGGGAGGAAAAAGACAUCCAUAUGAAUUCAGGGUUAGGCUCUGGACACAAGUUCUUCCUUUUCAUUGUUAAAAAACAGGCUGAGAAUUCACCUCUAUGCAUUUUUUUAAUGGGAGCAAGCAUCUUUAAAAAACUUUAGGAAGAUAAUUUUUGAGUAAACUUGUUUAGAAUUGAACUGCCAUAUACUGUACUGAAGAAAGAAGAACAUAUCCUCUCAUUCCUUCUGUCUUUCAUCUUAAGAUGCUUUUGUAUGAUUGUUGCCUUUAGAUAUGAAGGAUAUUUACAGUUUAAAAUAAUGGAAUGUUGACUUCCUGAAGUAUAGUGCUCUGCUCUUAAAGGUUUUGCUUGCUUAUGGUCUAAGAUGGGGUGAUGGGGGAGAUUAUUAGGACAGUAUACAUCUUUCAGAUAGGUUCUGGAAUUUUCUGUUCCUUACUGCUUUGCAGAAAUGAGCAGAAAAUAAAAUAUUUUAUCUUCUAGCAUGUAAUUUAUCUUAAUGGCUCAAGCUGUAAGAAAUUUAUUUAAAUUGACUGAAAAAUAUCUUUUAAAUUUAUUUUUGAAGUAUUUAUGGUAUUGUUAUUCAUUAUUGGUCCACUGAAGAGCACACAUCUAAGUUCAUAUCUAAAUUGCUCCUUUCUAUCAGAAUGAUAGAAACAUCAAAACUGCUUUAAAAAUAGAUUUAAAUAGAAAGAGGCUCCAACCCAUAGUCAUAUCUGCAUAAAAUAGGGCUUGAUUCCCUGAGCCUCUUAGCUUUCUAAUCAAAAUAUUAUUUGAAUAUAGGAAAAAAAAGCAUUCCUUAUUAUUCUUCAUGAGAUGUCAUAUGAUGUAGAGCUAUUUGUUUAAAUAAAUUUGGCUUUUCCAGCAUAAACUACAGGAGGGCCUAUUCUUAUAAAUGAUAAUAUUUGGUAAGGAAAUUGCUUGUUUCUACUUUUCCUAGUGUUCCUAAAGUUGCUUCUCUGCCAAAACUGAGAUUUUGUUUUGGCACAUUUACCUUGACAUUCAUGUCGCAACACUUAUUUUGUUCUCCCUUCAUUUUCACAGUAAAAUGCUGGGGCAAUUAAAAAGGAAUUUAGUCAAAUAUAGGUAGCCCUCGACUUACUACCAUUGAUUAUUGACAUUUCAAAGCUAUGAAAAAGUGAUGUUAAGGCCCAUCCUGUGAGUUGCAACCAUUGCACCACCACUACUUGUCUUGGAGAUUCAUUGAAUUACCACAUAAUUUGCUUAAAAAUGGACAUAAAGUUGAGUCACUUGAUGAUUCAGUUAACAAUGCAUUACUUAGUGACCAAAAGUCCAGUCCCAAUUGUGGUUGUACGUUGAGAACUACCCAUAACUAUUUAUUCUCAGAGUUCAAAAUUAUAUAGAUAAAAUAAUAUAACUUCAAUAUCUUUGAAUAGAAUUACAAGUUAUUCAUGUUGAUGUUCAUUUCCUGCUCAGGAUUUUUCUUACACUGAAAUAUCUACUGGAUUGUAUUCAUUGCUAUGAUUCUGAUGUUCUAUCACAGAAUAACCUUUUGAGAACUUCACAGAAUUGGGGUCCUUGCGGGGGCAGGAAACAGCAAGAAAUAUGCUUACAUAAUAUUAUAAGAUGCUGUUGUCUGAGUCUGGGUUCUUUAUUUAUUCUUUGGAGAAAAUCACAUUGGCUUUGUCUAACAUCAAUGUACUUUAUCAGGGAUUCAGUUAUAGAUCUUCAAAGAAUACAUUUUGUUCUACUUGCAUUACAGUGCUGUGAAUCAGAAUUUAUACAUAACAGGCAACAUUCAAAUGCGUCAAUUGAAGGAAGAAGGUUCCUCCCCUGCAUUUAUUUGGAAACACUAUUCAAAAUAUUCCACUACACAUCCAUACAAUUUCCAAUAAAACUUUUAUGCUACUUUAAAUUCUUCCGUUCCACUGUCUUUUCUACCAAAACUUCAGAUUUUAGCAAGGAAGGCAAAACAAAUAGUUAUCUUCCUGUUAAGGCCCCCAAACUUCUAACUUUUUUUAUAAUUGCCAUUUUCAUAUCUUUCCCAACAUUUUUUUCAGAAAUAUGCUUCUCCAGAUUCAAUACGAUUUUCAAGUAUGAAUGCACACAAUUGUAUGAGAAGCAGACACACACUCAUAGAAGAUCAGUUAUGAACCAGAAGUAAUUUGAUAAGGUUUUCUAUGGCAUCCACAUUGUUUCCCUUGCAGUUUAAUGAAAUAGUAAAAAUUUGAUAAAUUUGAUUACACUGCUGACUCUAUAGAGUAUUAGUACUUGAGAAAAAAUAAUUCAAAUAUUCCAAAACCAAUCACGAAAGACUAUAAAUGUCCAUUACAAUGGGAGAAAAACGUGCUCAGAAGCCAUCUAAAGUGAUAGGAGGCAGCAUAUGUGCGUGUACGUACAUACACAAAUUUAAGUAAUAAACCUGCGAGGCCCAGCUUUGUCAAUAUUUAUAUCAAGAACUUUUAUACUUCCACAAAAUGGAGACAGGCUGAUUUAAUUAUGCUAUUAGAUUUUCAUUUUAGGUUGGCAAGAAUCUUCUGAUGUGGAUUUAUUUUUUUAAUCGUUUAUAUAACUAAAUUAAUAAAUAUCUAUGCUAUAAAAA